GACGUGUCCCCAAAAGUGAUAUCAAGCACUUUGGCAAUUGAUGAUCAUUCUCGAACUUAAAGCGUAUUAAAUCAUAUCGUGCGUAUAAGAAAUCGUGUGUUUUAUUAAACUAAAUACACUACCACCUGAAAUUGAUCUAUCAUUUAUCAAGUAAACAGUUUCUUACAACAUUCAGAUUUAAUUACUGAAAAAGAGUGACAUAAAAAAUCAUAAUAAUGGCACCAACAUUGACUUCUUUUGUCAAUUCCUUCACCAACAGGCUUGAAGCUCCACUCCGUCAACAUCUAAAAAAUGUAUACGGUUGUUUAGCACUGUCAAGUGUUACCGCAGGAAUUGGUUCAUACGUCCAUAUUUACACUGACAUACUCCAAGCUGGAUUAUUGAGUACAUUGGGUGCACUCGGGUUGUUGAUUGCACUCGGUACUACACCAGACAAUGGAAAGAACCAAAAGUUACGACUUGGUUAUCUACUAGGAUUUGCAUUCUUAUCGGGCCUUGGUUUGGGACCGCUGCUUGAAAUCGUUAUCAGCAUUGAUCCGAGUAUUAUUGUCACUGCGCUUGUAGGAACAACCGUUGUAUUUACUUCCUUCAGUAUUUCGUCAUUGUAUGCACAACGUGGUCAAUGGCUUUAUCUAAGCGGUACUCUUAUUAGUUUGUCAAACAUCACCAUCAUCUUGCUGUUGGCCAACAUUUUCCUGCGAUCGGUACUUGUUUACCAGGCGCAGUUGUACCUCGGAUUAGCUCUCAUGUGCGGAUUCAUCAUUUUCGACACUCAGCUGAUUGUUGAGAAAUUCCACAUGGGCAGCAAGGACUUCAUUGGACACUCACUUGAAUUGUUCAUUGAUUUCUUCAGGGUAUUCCGAUAUCUAGUUGAAAUCCUUGCCAUCAAGGAGCAAAACAAUCGUAAACGUAAGGAGUAAUUUAAAUCAGGAGUAAGAAAUUACAGCAUUUGAAUACAUAAAUCCAUGAGUUAAAAGUCUUCAUCCUUUUUUUUUUCAUCCUUCAUGAGUGUAUAUAUAUAUAAUUAAUUAUAUACACUUAUGUACACGUAUACCUACUUCAAAAAUCAUAAAUAAUUAAAAAAUUAAACUAUAUUUACUACCAGAAAACAUAACAAAUCUAUAAGUACCAUUUGUUUAUAAACAUAGAUAGUUAUAUAUGAGUAACUGAAUAAUUUUUAAUUAAUUAAUUAAAAAAAAAUGAUGUCAAUUAAGUGGAGAAUAAAAUCCACACAAGCAUCACAUAUUUAUUUUUGAAAACUUUUUUCAAUCUCAUAAAUUUUCCUCUUCUAUCUCUGUUAAUAAAAUUACACGUUAUAAUUUUUAUUAUUAAGGUAAAUGAUAAUAUUACUUACUAUUUACUUUUAAAUUAAAAAUAAAAUCGAGUGUACUAUAUUUUCCACAAUUAAAUAAAUUUAUGAAUUAUAAAUACACA